UUUCCAUUUGACUGCUGAUGUUUGUCAAUCGGUGAUCAGCCGCUGCAGUGCUCCCCGGCCUCUGCUGUGUUGUCUUGUCUCCGAGUCGUCACAACCGCCGUUCGCCAUGCCACCUAAAGACGAUCCCGAAACGGCCGCGCUGAAACAGGAGCUGCAGGCUCUUAUAGAGCAAUGCAAGGGCUUGCAAAAGGGUUUCUCAGAUAUAACACUGGAAGCCGCCACGUCCAGCGCCGAGGAUUUGCCAAGGAUCAAGGCUACAACCAGGCGGAUGCUCAAGGGCCACAUCAACAAAGUCACAUCGUGCCAUUAUUCCGGUGAUUCGAGACAUCUCGUGUCCGGUUCACUCGAUGGUAAGCUGAUCGUCUGGGACACGUGGACUGGCAAUAAGAUCCAGGUCAUCCCUUUGAGAUCGGCAUGGGUCAUGUGUUCCGUGUUUGCUCCUUCGGGCAAUUACGUUGCUUGCGGAGGCAUGGACAACAUGUGCACCGUUUACGACGUCAACAAUCGUGAUAGUUCCGGAACGGCAAAAAUCACAAGAGAAUUAGCGGGUUACGAAGGUUUUCUUUCCACCUGUCGAUUCUUGGAAGAUAGCAAGAUUGUAACUGGAUCUGGUGAUAUGAUGAUAACUGUCUGGGAUUUGGAGGCCGGCAAGAAACUCGACCAAACACCAGCGCACGUCGGUGAUGUUUGCUCCAUGUCACUUAAAGCUGAGCUGAAUCUCAUCGUCACUGGCUCCGUUGAUCGAUGUAUCAAAUUGUGGGAUGUCCGUACGCUCAAAUGCGUGCAAACUUUCUUUGGGCAUGAAGCCGAUGUCAACUCUGUUUGUUUUCAUCCUUCUGGCCAAGCGUUUGUGUCUGCAUCCGAAGAUAAAACUGCCCGCCUUUUCGACAUCCGAUCCGAUCAGCAAGUAUUUGUUUAUCGGCCUCCUACUGCCAAUUCCAGCCUGACUUGCUGCAGCGUGUCCCAGUCAGGCCGAAUUCUUUUAGCUGGCUCGGAUGACUCGACGGUUCACCUAUGGGAUCUUCUCAAAGGAGAGCAUAAUGGAAACCUUCAAGGACAUGAAAACCGAAUUACCGGCCUCUCAGUGGCCGACAGCGGUAUCGGCGUUGCUACGUCUUCCUGGGACAAUGCAGUCCGGGUUUGGGGAUAAACCAUGCCUCGAACAUCGUUAAGUUGGGCUGGAAGAAAAAACCAAAAUUCUAUCAGACGCAAUCACUUAGAAUGAUCCUUAUUUUUUCGCUAUUUACCUCUUCCUAUUCCCUUGUUCAAUUCUAAUUCACUCCCAUUCUACGGUAAAAGCUUAAUAAUAUAUCACAACAGAAACAUC